GUUGUUUUGGCAAACUCCACCUUGUGACAGUUAUCCAAGCUCAUUUUGAAUGUAGGAAAGUUAAAAUUGAGCUUCAUCGGACAGCUUGAACUCCGUCACCGGGCCUGGCAACAGGUUCACAACUAAUCUGCGCGCAGCCAAAUUUGCCAAGUUCCACUAUGCUUGAAAUUAAAGCCAAUGCAUAAAGUUGAUUCCUUUUGGCAGGUUAUUAUCACAGUUUUCUUUUAUCUUCUAAGCAAGAACUUUUGUUUGCAAGGACAGGUUAAGGAUUUAGAGGAACAGAUUUUAACACUAAAGUUGAGAUUACAAGGAUGUAAUUUACCAGACUCCAUUCACAUUAUCAAUUCCGAUGCACAAGAAAGUUCAGGACACCAUGCGGGUUAUGAGGGAAUUGGUCCGAGGUUAGUUUCGGUUUCUAUCAGUUUUGGUGGCAUGCUAAUAUUUGCAAUGAUGCUUGGACUUGUUUCUGAUGCAAUCUCCGAGAGGUUAGAUUCAUUAGGGAAGGGGAAAAGUGAAGUUGUUGAGAGCAGUCAUACUUUAAUUCUUGGUUGGAACCAAAAAUUGGGUACACUGUUGAAUCAGCUUGGCAUAGCCAAUGAGAGUUUGGGUGGAGGUACUGUGGUUGUAAUGGCUGAGAGAGAUAAAGAAGAGAUGGAAAAUGACAUUGCCAAAAUGGAAUCUGAUUUUAGAGGAACAUCUGUUAUAUGCAGAAGUGGAAACCCUUUUAUUCUAGCUGACCUGAAAAAGGUUUCCGUCUCCAAGGCCCGCGCUAUCAUUGUGCUUGCUGAAGAUGGCAAUGCUCACCAGAGUGAUGCUCGUGCGUUAAGGACAGUUUUGAGUCUGACAGGAGUAAAAGAAGGGCUGAGAGGACAUAUAGUGGUGGAACUUAGUGACCUAGACAACGAGAAGCUCGUAAAAGGUGUUGGUGGAGAACUUGUUGAAACUGUUGUGUCUCAUGAUGUCAUUGGCCGCUUGAUGGUUCAGUGUGCUCGACAACCAUGCCUUUCUCAGAUUUGGGAAGAUAUACUUGGAUUUGAGAACUGUGAGUUUUACAUCAAAAGAUGGCCGGGAUUGGAUGGAAUGUGUUUUGAAGAUGUAUUGAUCAGCUUCGCGGGUGCCAUUCCUUGUGGAGUGAAGUCAGUAGCUUGUGGAGGAAAGAUCAUUUUGAAUCCUGAUGACUCUUAUGUUCUACAAGAAGGCGACCAAGUUCUUGUAAUUGCUGAAGAUGAUGAUACUUAUGCUCCAACCACAUUGCCAAUGGUUAAAGAGGCAUCAUUGAUAGAAAUUAUUCGGCCAACAAAAGAGCCACAGAAGAUUUUACUUUGUGGAUGGAGACGGGGCAUUGAUGAUAUGAUAGUGGUAUUGGAUGCAUUCUUGGCACCUGAAUCAGAGUUGUGGAUGUUCAAUGAAGUUCCAGAGAAUGAUAGAGUUAAAAAACUUACUGAUGGUGGUCCAGAUUUCGACCGUUUAAUGAACAUUACUUUGGUUCAUCGUGAAGGAAAUGCUGUUAUUCGGCGUAACUUGGAAACUCUCCCGUUGGAGACCUUUGAUUCUAUUUUGAUUUUGGCUGAUGAGCCCGUCCAAGAUUCAGCAAUCCAAGCUGAUUCGAGAUCUCUUGCCACAUUAUUGUUUAUCCGUGACAUCCAGGCAAAGCGUCUUCUUUCUUAUAGUAAAGAAACCCCGGUCCAUAGAGGAGCCUUCUCAAAGGUCAUAAUAAGUGAAAUUCUUGAUCCGCGGACUAAAAAUCAAUUAUCCACGCCGAAAAUCAGUGACUAUGUUUUAUCAAAUGAGCUGGUCAGCAUGGCAUUAGCUAUGGUUGCUGAGGAUCGCCAAAUAAAUGAUGUGUUAAAAGAACUCUUUGCUGAGGAGGGAAACAAGAUGCAUAUAAGACAAGCCAAUUUUUAUCUUCAUGAAGAGGAGGAAUUGAAUUUUUUUGAAGUACUGUUACGUGCUCGGCAGAGGAAAGAAAUUGUGAUUGGAUACCGGCUCGCAAAUGCAGAGCGAGCUGUUAUAAACCCUCCUAACAAGAGUGAGCGGCGAAAUUGGUCAUCCAAGGAUGCUUUUGUUGUGAUUGCUGAAAAAGAAUGAAAAUACUUUAUUUUUGAAUUUUUCUAUAAGAAAUGUAAAUACUUGUAUAUGCACAGCUAAAUGGCUAAGCUUUUCCAAAAGUUAUGUGAUGUUUAUUCUGAUUUAUGCUUCAAUGAUGCACGAUCUUUUAU